AUGGCGGAAGACAGCUGCCUUUUCGCCAAAACAUUACGACAGUUUGCACGAUCUGCAGGUGGAAUAGACCCUACACCUUUUUCGAAAGUUGAGAGACUGCUGUCCUACUGUCCCAGAGAAUCAUCAUGCCGAGGUCUGAGACUGGACAAGCGGGCUCAAGAUGCAGUAAUUGCCUUGGGAAUCUACUUUCUGGAGUCUGGCCUUCAAUACAAGGAUAAGAUUCUUCCGUACCUCCUGAGUGUACUGAGGGGACUUACCAAAGCACAAUGGACCAAUCAGAAACCACCCAAGUCUCAGACACUCCCACGUAGUGAGUGUUUCAGUUUCUGUCUCAACACAAUCCUCAGUGAUGUGGCCAAAAGGGACCAUUCAGUCAGGGAACAGAUUAUUUCUGCCCAGUUGGAAGUCCUGGAAGUAUUGACUAAGCUGUGUGAGGGAUCAUAUGAGAUACCAAAAGUUGUACUAUGUACUGCCAUAGUUCCCACUCUCAUUGGAAUGUCACGAGCGAUUGGGCGUUCAUGCGAUGGUUCUGUUCCUUUAAUUUCUAUUCUGUUCCCAUCGGAAGCAACCAGGAAAUUUUCUAAAGUUCCUCCUGUAGACACAUCUCCUGCUUCUAAAGUGAUGUCCUUUCGGUCCAUUCUUCCACGGACGAUGUCCUCUCACGUAAUCACCCAGGAAUCGUCAGGUCCAUCAAGUCCUGUAAACAUUCCAUCUCUGGAUUUUCCAUCACCAAGGUCAAGAGAAAGGUCACCAUCUCCGAUACCCAAUCAGAUUAAAGAAAAACCAGCACAAGAGGAGGAGCUGGACCCUGCGUUACAUUACUUUAAUAAAGUCGGGUCAAGUCUCACCCAGACCAAACCUUGGGGGUUUGAGAUUGUUCCAGAACAAGAUCAUCUCAAGUUUUCAAGUUCCCAUCUCCAAACACUAGUGGGAGUGGCUCGACGACUUUUGAACAAGGACACUUUGAGACACCUUGAUGGUUCUUUGAAGGAUUUUUAUGCUGAGUUAGAGGUAAAGGACACAUGUCUGGUGCUAAAAGUAAUUAAAAUAAAGCAAGUGCCAGAUGAUUUAGGUGUUAUGAACAUCUGGAACUUGUUGGCUGAGCAAAACAUCAGCUUCAUCUGGUUUCCUUACAAGUCCUUCAGCGAGACCCUCACCCUGGUGAUCAUUACUCUAUUAAGAGAUGUGCUGGAACAGGAAAAAGACUUGCCAUUGAGCUUCAUGAGCGAUAUCCAGGACUUUGCCACAGGGAUGUACCAGACAAGCCAAGCAGAGCUAGACAAGAAACCACGCCCACAUCGGGAUGGGGAACAUAAAUGCCACUUCAACCCCUAUGACUUGACAGUACUGAGUAGUGCAGCAUGUGUUGAUCUUCUGUUUUGGGCAGUCCGAGAGGAACAGGAUGCUGAAAAUUUAUGUCUGAAGCUCUCUGAAAAGAUUAGUAUGAAUACUGAGAGUAAACUACUGCUCUCUCACACUCCUCUCAUCCUAGUGGCUUUAGAGGCCCUGGGAAAGCUAGCCGUCAAGUUUCCCUACUUAGCUUCCAGCAUGUGUGCUUCUCUGCGUGAUUUCCUGGUGUGUCCAUCUCCACUUCUUAGCAAACUCAAUAAGUAUGCCACACCAGAUGGACGUAGCAGUAUCAAAAUUACAGUGACAGAUGGCACAAACUCGUCAACGGCCACACACAUGCCCACUGAUAACAAACGUAAUCGGCCGAUGAACAAGCUCCUGAAAGCCUUGGAGAAUGUCCGAGACUGUGCCAUUAUGAACAUUUGCAGGGCGUUAAAAUCUGGCCUUCCAGUUGAGCCAGAGUGUGUGCAAGCCUUUCUGGCCACAACAUCAAAUAGACUUUACCGUGCUGAGAUGUCUGACAGGGAAUCAACUUUGAUUUCUACAAACACAAUUUUGACAUUAGGACAUGUUGCCGUGGCUCUGAAAGAAACGCCCAAAACAGUGGAGGCUGUUCUUCAGAUUUUUCAGCAGCGCUUCUGUUCACCUCCCUCUGCACUUGAUGUACUAAUUAUAGACCAACUCGGUUGUAUGAUCAUGGCUGGCUGUUCAAGUGUUUACCAGGAAGUCAUGUCCAUGUUCACUCAGAUCAGCAUUGAGAGUAGCUCUCCCUAUACCAAGGGAGAUAUGGACGAGAAGGUCAAAGGUUACAGACAAGUGUCUCUGGCAGUGAUUAAUGCCUUGGCUAAUAUCGCGUCCAAUAUCCAGGGGGAGGGAGACCAGCAAGAACUUCUGGUCCGGCUGCUGGAACUCUUUGUUAAUAUGGGUCUCGCUGCAAAACGUGCUAGUGAAAAAACUGCAGGUGCCAUGAAGGCAUCCAGCAGUGCUGGUAAUCUGGGAGUUUUGAUUCCAGUCAUAGCAGUGUUGGUGAGGAGACUACCUGUGAUACAUGAACCCAGGCCUCGUCUCCAGAAGUUGUUUAGAGAUUUCUGGCAGUACUGUGUUGUGUUUGGCUUUGUAGUGGAGGAAUCAGCACUGUGGCCUCCGGAGUGGUAUGAUGGGGUCUGUGAGAUAGCCGCUAAGUCACCACUCCUCAUCUCCAAGGAACAUCUCCGGUCUGAGCUUCAGUACAAUGUUGCUCUCAGGAAUGACACAGUAGCACCAGCAGAGUUGAAUGAGAUCAGGACAAGCAUCUGUAACUCACUUGAUAACAACCCUGAUGCUUACCCUCUUAUACAGAAACUCUCAUUCGCACAGUGUACAUACCUUAUGUCUGUCUUUAAGCUAGAAACACUCAGAGUCCAGAAUUCAGAUUAUUUAUCAGCAUUCCAUGGCAUAUUCAGAUACCUGGAAGAUAGUACGAUCUUCAAAGACAAAGCAGGUAUGUGGCAGUGUAUUGUAGCUGUGUCGGACAAGGUGUUUGACAAACUACUGGAUACGCUUGAGGAACGGCCUAAGACAGUGGCAAGGGGAGAGGAACUAGAACAUCAUGCCCAAUUCCUCAUGGUCAAGUUCAACCAUAUCCAUCGUCGUAUCAGAAGGGUAGCUGACAAGUACCUGGCGGGCCUGAUCGAUAGGUUCCCUCACCUGUUCUGGAGUGGUACAAUGCUGAAGAGUAUGUUAGAUAUACUACAACUUUUAUCAAAGGCUCUGGAAAUGGACCCUAAUCAGGAUGCACCAGAAUUUCAGGUGCCUAACUCACCAUUCCAUCUGAGGGUCCCAGACAACUUGACAGACCGAGAGACACUGGUAAAGGAUUUCGCCUUACGCUGCCAGUCCAUCCUGCAGGAAUCAAUGAAAUGGGCGCCCAAUACGACUCGGUCACACAUGAUUGAAUAUCUGUUGAAGAUGGAGAAUACGUCCCAGGGCUUGUUUACACACAGUGGACUGGCGUUAGCGACAGAGAGUGUCCUAAACUAUGCUGGCUACAACAAGUCAGCAGCUCCUCUUGGGACUGCAACGCUGGAUCGUCGUCCCAACUGUGUUACUACAGAUAGCUCUAGUUUUAUGGCCACUUUCAGCCUCCGUAGUCGGUAUACAGGAGAGGUGUCCGGGAUGAAGUCUGUUUGUGAUGAAUCAGAACUAGCUAAGAUGUUAUGUGACAAACUGAAGACAGCACUUCAAAAUGGCGAUGAGAAUAAGUGCAAGCAAGCCAUGUUUAGAGUUUGUGCCCUGUUGGUGUCAGUGAAAGACUUUAACAGGCGCUUGGUGCAUGCCUUGUGCUGGGCUCCGACACAGAACUUCACUGAAAGGAUAAUGGAAUGUACUGUCUCCUGUUGGGAGUGGAUGUUGGCUGCUCGGCCAGACUUCAGCAUAGAGUUCUUGUGUGAAAUGGCAGCAGCCUGGCAGAUAACCAUAGACAAGAAGCUCGGGAUAUUCCAAGAGGACCCACCCAGAAUUGAUCCUCUGGCCAAAGCUGAGGGACAGACAUUGGAACCCAACCCUCCACACUCAGGGCCUCACCAGAUCUGGACGAAGUUUUUGGCAGAACGUAUUGAAGUAGCACGCUACAGCUCUGAUGAUCAGGUCAGCAUUCUGUGUAGUCUCCUCAACAAGUCUCUGGCCAUCGGUGUGGGAAAACAACCUAGUCAGAUCUCACGACAUCCUGCUGCAGUAGGCCCUCGAACAAGGUUACUAACAAUGGCCCUAUCUCUACUACAAGGAGACUUCCUGUCUAAAACUACCAACAAGACUGUACUCAGAGAGAGGGUGUAUGCUGCAGCACUCGAUUAUUUCGCUGGACCAGUUAUAUACCCAACCCAGCGAAGUGUUCAUUUGAGAGAAGACAUCAUAACCAUCAUUAAGUUUUGGAAACAGAUGCAUGGGGACAAAAAGUACUUAACGCCAAGCACAGUGCCAUUUGGUGGAAAUAUAGGUGGAGGUGAUACUAACACUCUCAACAUGUCUCAGAGUGCUGGCAUUUCUACAGACCUGAUGCAGCAGACCAAGUGGAUCAACACUAUCAAUUCUGGCAUGUCCACCUACUCAAAACGCUCCUCUAGUAUGAGGAAAAACCAGGGGACAAACUCUGGUCAUAUAAAGGAGUAUUUACGUAAACGAACACUGAUCCUCACCCUGAUGGGUUAUGCACUGGAGGAAUUUAUCACCUGGCACAACCCGUUGGAGUCUCCAGACCUUAAAGUUCCAGACGAGGACAAGAUUGCUAUCUGGAGAAGCCAGGCAGUCAGUGAGAAAGUGUGGCGGGAGCAAGUCAGGGCAUCCUGGGAACUUUCACCGACCUUGGCAGUUUAUCUCCCUUCUAGGAUCAAGAAGUCUGAGGCUCUGGUGAAGGAAGUGAUUAGAUUAGUUCGACUGAAUCCAGGGGUGGUGAGCCACAUCCCUUCAGCCAUCCGUUUCCUUGUUACUCCGGAGAGUGUGGAGGCAGAUUCUCCUGAGCUAAGUCAUAUGUUGACCUGGUCUGUGGUAUCUCCAGUUGUGGCUCUGUCUUAUUUCUCACGUCAGUACCCGCCCCACCCAAUCACAGCUCAGUAUGCUGUCAGGGCACUUAGGUCACAUCCUCCGGAAGCUCUGCUUUUCUACAUUCCCCAGCUUGUCCAAGCUGUUAGAUAUGAUACGAUGGGAUACAUGGCAGAUUUUAUUCUGUGGGCAUCUAAACACUCUCAAUUACUGGCUCACCAGCUGCUAUGGAACAUGAAGACAAAUGUAUAUCGAGAUGAGGAUGGACAGGAGAAAGAUGAGGAGAUUGGUGACACCCUGGAGAGACUUAUGGAUGCCAUCAAAAGAUCACUGUCAGGACCAGCUCUCAUGUUCUAUGAGAGAGAAUUUGACUUCUUUGGAAAAAUUACUUCCAUCUCAGGAACCAUCAAACCUUUCCCAAAAGGACCUGAGAGGAAGAAGGCCUGUUUGGAGGAACUCAGCAAAAUUAAGCUACAGCCAGGAUGUUACCUGCCUUCAAACCCGGAAGCCAUUGUAGCUAAAAUUGAUUAUAAGUCCGGAACACCCAUGCAGAGUGCUGCAAAGGCCCCAUUCUUGGCUCGUUUUGGUGUGAAGAAAUGUGGAAUCACAGAAUUAGAAAACCUUGGAAUGAGUGACACCUCCAACCUAGCCAUCCAAGAACAAGAUCUUGUGUGGCAGGCGGCCAUCUUUAAAGUUGGCGAUGAUGUCAGACAGGAUAUGUUGGCCCUCCAGGUGAUUGCGAUGUUCAAGAAUAUCUUUGAGCAGACAGGAUUAGAGCUAUAUCUUGUACCAUAUAGAGUGGUGGCCACCUCGCCAGGAAAAGGGGUGAUAGAAUGUGUACCAGAUAGUAAGUCUCGUGACGAGAUUGGGAAACAGACAGACAUCAGUAUGUAUAACUACUUCUUACAGACUUACGGGGAUGAGGAUACUCAUGACUUCCAGACAGCUAGAAGAAACUUUAUCAUCAGUAUGGCAGCCUACAGCAUUGUGAGCUUUCUACUUCAGCUGAAGGAUCGGCAUAACGGCAACCUCAUGUUAAAUAGUUCUGGUCACAUUAUACACAUAGACUUUGGCUUCCUGUUUGAAAGCUCACCAGGGGGCAACCUAGGCUGGGAGCCUGACUUCAAGCUCACAGAGGAAAUGGUGCUAAUCAUGGGUGGAACCAUGGAAGCUGCACCCUUCCAGUGGUUCAUGGAGCUUUGCGUUCAAGGAUAUUUGGCAGUCAGGCCCUAUCAGGAAGAGAUUGUCUCCCUUGUUUCACUGAUGUUGGACACUGGAUUGCCUUGCUUCAGAGGUCAGACCAUCAAACAACUGAGGUCACGAUUCCGACCCAAUGCCUCAGAACCAGAGGCUGCCAACUACAUGCUCAAGGUGGUGGAGAAGUGUUACCUGAGUUGGAGGGCGAGCUCCUAUGACAGGAUACAGUACCUACAGAAUCAGAUACCAUACUAAAACAGUGAUUGAAACUUUAAGUGAAUGGUGCUUCGGAAAAAAACCUAGUAAAUAUUUGCAUACUGUAUUGACAGAUUGUACAGCUUUAAUGUAGAUCAGAAAUGAUUUUAUACUGUGAGGUUGACCUUAGUCUCCAAAGUUACAACAUCUCCUAAAUUCCUUUCUACUCACUGGGACUAAUAUAUCCUAUAUAAUCUGCUUCAUUGUACAGGGUAACAACAUCACUGGUGUUGAAGCAAUCUGGAAAUACAAUUGAUAGACCUACUAGCUAUUUAACAAAUUCUUUGGAACAUUUCAACCGAAAUUAUUAUGAAACUUAUUAUUUCUGAUAAUCAAUCUAUUUUUAUUGUGUUUUUCUUUGAUCAAAGCAUAUAUAUAUUGAUGAGUUUAUAAUUAAUUUUUCUUGUAUCAUUGCCUGUAAAAAAUUGUGAAAUAUGUGCUUUGAAAAGUGCUUCAUAUCGUUGUUGGUUGAGAGGUUAGGAUUAUUGUUACGGCAAAUUUUUUCACCAGGUAUAGAUAUUGUUAUAAUCAAUUGAAACUUUUUGAUAUCCGGUGGAUAUAUUUUGCGUUCAAUGUUUAAGCAACAAAUAAGUUUUUAUCUAUUCUAUAUGAUCUACUAUACCUCAAAAGCAUACUUAAUAUUUUAAACUUAUUGACUUGUAAUAUUAUGGUCAGAAUUGCUUGUACUUAUUGACCUCUAAUGAAAUUAUUUAAUGACAUAAGUUAGCACUUAAUGACCUCUAAAGUAAAUUAAUAUGUACUUUUCUGAAGAUUAUUGCUUGUACUUAAAGACAUUUAGUUUCAGUGUUAAAGAACACUGAACUGUUAGGUGCUUAUGUAUUGAUUUCCAAAGUAUUAAUAGCCAACAUGAAAUCCAACAAUGUUAAAAAUACUCAGUGUGGUAAUGAUAGAAGAUGUUUAAAAGUAAUGUUACAAAAGGAAGGAGAGUCGCUAUUCUUAACAAAGACUAUCAUAAAAAGGACAUUUCAAAGUGUUAACAUUGUCAUGUAAAAGUAAUAGUGUUAACAUUGUCAGUGUUAACAAUGUCAUGUAGAAGUAAUGGUGUUAACAUUUUUGUGUAAAAGUAAUAGUGUCA